CUUCGGUUUUCCCGUUUUCCCGCUGAAGGAAACCUUAUAAAUACAAACAAAAAGCAAAGCACAACGAUUAUCGAAAUCAGUUUUUCUUUCGCUCUCUCGCUCUGUUUCUUGAUGUUAAUGCGUUUCUUGUUCAAUCCGAGCAAGAACGCAAGUUUCAGAAUCGUCUUUGCUUCUUUGACAAGAUUCGGCGCCUUCUAUCCUCUGAAGCAACUGCUCGGAUCUUCUUCUUCUUUUGUGAGAUUCUGCAAAAAGCACUACCGCUACAAUCUUGAUUGGAAGCGGACGACAUCGACUACGACUACGACUACGACGACGACAAAGAAAACAGCUACGAUGACUGUGAAAGCGCCUGACGACGAAGGGAUAGCGAGACGGUUCUGGAUCAAGUUCAGGGAUGAACCGUUGCUUGCGAUAUACACUCCUUUCGUCAUCUGCUUGGCUUCUGGCAAUUUGGAAUUGGAGACUUUCCGCCAUUUUAUUAGUCAAGACGUGCAUUUCCUUCGAGCUUUCGCUCAGGCGUAUCAGUUGGCAGAAGAUUGUGCCGAUGAUGACGAGUACAAAUCUGCUAUUUCGGAAAUGAGGAAGCAUGUCUUGGUGGAGCUUAAAUUGCACAAGUCUUUUGUACAAGAAUGGGGCAUUGAUCCUGCAAAUGAGUCAAGUGCCACCCCAGCAACACUGAAAUACACAAAUUUUUUGUUGGCAACAGCCUCAGGAAAGGUGGAAGGAGAAAAAGGUCUCGGUAAAAUUGCUACUCCCUUUGAGAAGACAAAAGUUGCUGCUUAUACACUGAGUGCUGUGACACCUUGCAUGAGGCUUUAUGCCUUCCUAGGCAAAGAGCUACGGGCAUUUCUGGUUCCUGAUGAAGGCAGUCACCUCUACAAGAAAUGGAUUGACAACUAUUCCUCUGAAGCUUUUGAGGCAUUGGCUCGGCAGACUGAGGAGUUGCUUGAUAAACUGAGUGUCUCUUUGACAGGCGAGGAGCUUGACAUUAUGGAAAAGAUUUAUCAUCAGGCUAUGAAACUUGAGAUAGAAUUUUUUACUGCCCAGCCAGUUGUUCAACGAGCUAUAGUUCCUUUGACUAGAGUGCUUGACCCUGCGGAGUAUCGCCUCAUUCUAUUUUCUGAUUUUGAUUUGACUUGCACCAUUCUUGAUUCCUCUGCCAUUUUAGCGGAGAUAGCAAUAUUAACUGCACCAAAAGCUGAUCAGAGUGGAACAGAAAAUCCACUUCCCCGGAGGUCAUCCGCUGAUCUGAGGAACUCAUGGGGUGUUCUUUCAAGGCAGUAUACAGAAGAAUAUGAACGAUGCAUUGACAGCAUUAUGCCCAAUGAGAAAGUGCGAGAAUUCAACUAUGAAGGUCUGUCCAAAGCAUUUGAGCAAGUCUCAGACUUCGAGAAACGGGCAAAUGCAAGAGUAAUUGAGUCAGGAACACUGAAGGGUUUAAAUCUGGAAGACAUAAAAAAGGCUGGUGAGCGACUUAAACUCCAAGAUGGUUGUACUGGGUUCUUCCAGACAAUUGUAAAGAAUGAAGGGCUGAAGGCCAGCGUCCAUAUACUUUCUUAUUGUUGGUGUGAUGAUCUGAUUAGAUCAGCCUUCUCAUCAGGGGGCCUAAAUGUUCUGAAUGUACAUGCGAAUCAGUUUGUAUACGAAGAAUCUAUUUCUACGGGGGAUAUUAUUAAGAAGGUAGAGUCUCCCUUUGACAAAGUUGAAGCUUUCAAGGAGAUUCUAAAGAAUAGCGGAAAUGAUGGGAAGCAAUUGUCUAUCUACAUCGGAGACUCAGUGGGUGAUAUGCUGUGCCUACUGGAAGCUGAUGUUGGGAUCGUGGUAGGAUCAAGCCCAAGUCUGAGGAGAGUUGGAAGGGCAUUUGGUGUUUCUUUUGUUCCAUUGUUCUCUGGUUUAGUGAAGAAACAGAGGAAAUUCGAUGGCAGCUCUUGUAGUAAUUGGAAGGGGUUGUCUGGCAUUCUUUACACGGUCUCUAGUUGGGCCGAAAUACAUGCCCUCAUUUUGGGGCCUAGAAGUUAGAACUUAGAACCAUAUCUUGUAACCUUGCUGGGAAAAAAAAAAGGAAAGGAAAAGAUAAAAGAAGGAACCACAUUUUGAUUGCUGA